UAUUCACAUGUUGAGCCACGCGUGCCGAACACGUGCACACCUUCCUUUUCCCACCACCUCCUCCGCCCUUUUUCUGAAACCGCUCCCUCUCUCUCGUCCCCACUUCUCCCCCAACCUCUUCGCUCGUGGACGGUGGCGAACUCCCGCAUCAAUGUCCUCCGGCGACAUCUUCUGUCCUUAUCCUUUGGAACACGAGUCCGAUUUCGACAAAAUUGUCUCCUCCGAUGGACUUGUUUCCGUUUGCGGCUUCGGUUCUCUCCUCUCCGAGAGGAGUGCACGGAGCACGUUUCCGGAGCUUAUAAACUUCAGAAUCGGUAAACUGAGUGGAUUCCGGCGAGUUUUUGCUCAUGUUGCUCCGAUUUUCUUCGAGCGUGGUAUCGCGAAACCUGAAACUAAGGAGAUAUCAAGCUUGAGUGUGGAGCCCUGUGAUGGUGAAUCUCUGAUAAUCACUAUUUUUGAGAUCCCAAAAUCAGAGAUUCCAUCAUUCAUUGAAAGGGAGCAUGAAUUCCGUUUUUUAGUAGUAGUACCCGAGACAAUAAACGGAUUGUUUUAUACUAAUCCUGCGGUGCUUUGUGCCCGUUAUAGUGAUGAAGAAUAUUUCCAGAAUAGAUGCAAAGGAAACCAGGAAAUAUUUUUCCAAAGGUAUGGACGAUAUGGUAUCCAAAAGAUUUGGCAUGAUGAUAUACUACCUUGUCGUGUUUAUUUGCGUCACUGUGUACUGGCAGCAGAAAAUCUUGGUGAUCUGGUCUACAAUAACUUUGUUGAUCACACAUUUCUUGCGGAUCGUAAAACAACCAUCCGUGACUACUUGGCAACAACUGGUUCAGGCAUCAUGGAAGAGGAGCCUCCAGGGCCACUAAAAUUCCGCUAUGGUGGUUGAUACAUCAAACUUCUGAGAGGCAUUAAUGGAUGUUAAAUCUAGCAUCUUAAAGACUUCAUUUGAAACAUUAUUUGGAUAGGAUAUAGUCUCCAAAUUUUGCUGGCUUCUUAUAAUUUCAAGAAGCCCUACUCUGUCUUGGAGUAGAGCUAGGCCAAAGCGGCAGCUUCUGUUGGAGCAUGUAACUGUCUAAUAGUGAAGUUGGUGCAUGUUUUCAAGCAGUAGUCUAAUAGUAAGACCUUCAGAAAGCUCGAAUGGGAAUUGGGUAGAGAUAACCUUUUGAGAAUCAGGGUUUUGGUCAUGUUCGUGUAUUCUCUUAGAUAGGAGUUUUACUGAAGUUGGUUUGAUCCCUAUGAUCAAUUUAUAUU